AUGUUAAGUGGAAUCCUCCUCUUCAACCAGAAGGGUGAGAACCUCAUCUUUCGAGCCUUCCGACCCGACUGCCGCCCUCGUCUCGCCGACAUUUUUCGAAUCCAGGUCAUCUCAAAUGCCCAAGUCCGAUCACCCAUUCUCACCCUCGGGUCCACCACUUUCAGCCAUGUCAAGCACGAGAACAUCUAUAUCGUCGCCAUCACCAAGAGCAAUGCCAAUGCCGGCAUCAUCUUCGAAUUCCUCUACCGAUUCGUAGGCCUCGGGAAACAAUAUUUCGGCAAGUUUGACGAAGAUGCAGUCAAAAACAACUUCGUCCUCAUCUAUGAAUUGCUUGACGAGAUCCUCGACUUUGGCUACCCUCAAAACACCGAUGUCGACGUCCUCAAAAUGUACAUUACCCCUGACAACCUCUCCUCCGCCAUCAGGUCGGUCUCGGCGCCCUCGAGUGACACGUCCAAGAUCACGAUGCAAGCUACAGGUGCCCAGUCCUGGCGCCGAGGAGACAUAAAAUACCGCAAAAAUGAGGCCUUUGUGGAUGUUAUUGAAGAUGUCAAUCUCCUCAUGAGUGCGACCGGCACCGUUCUGCGAGCGGAUGUCACGGGCCAAAUCGUGAUGAGAGCAUAUCUCAGCGGCACCCCUGAAUGCAAGUUUGGGCUCAAUGAUCAGUUGGUCGUCGGGCAGGUAGUGCAUGGCAUUGACGGCCCCAUCGGGAAUCAAGAUGGACGGAAAGCCACUCGAGCCGCCGCGGGCUCCGUCACCUUGGAAGACUGUCAGUUCCACCAAUGCGUCCAGCUGGGCAAGUUUGAAAGCGACAGGACGAUCUCGUUUGUACCUCCGGACGGAGAAUUCGAGUUGAUGCGCUAUCGAGCGGUGGAAAACGUCAACCUCCCGUUCAAAGUCCAUGCGAUUGUGCGUGAAGUCGGCACCACCAAGGUCGAAUACAGUAUUGCGGUCAAGGCCAACUACGGGAGCAAGCUGUUUGCCACGAAUGUGGUUGUGAGAAUUCCUACGCCACUCAACACAGCCAGCAUCACGGAACGAACGACGCAAGGGAAGGCCAAAUACGAACCGGAAAACAACUGCAUCGUGUGGAAGAUUGCCCGAUUUGUUGGUGGAAGUGAAUUUGUCCUCAGUGCCGAAGCACAUCUCACCAGCAUGACGAAUCAGAAGGCAUGGUCGAGGCCUCCAUUGAGCAUGACUUUCUCGCUACUCAUGUUCACUAGUUCGGGAUUGUUGGUACGGUACCUGAAGGUUUUUGAAAAGAACAACUACAGCAGCGUCAAGUGGGUUCGUUACAUGACAAAAGCCGGCAGUUAUGAGGUACGGUUUUGA